AAAUACUAGGUCUAAUACUGUACUGAGCUGAGUGUACUGACUGACCUAAAAGUUACCGACUUGAGAAAAAUAUGAAGCUAGCAUUAUUUUUCAUUAAUCUGAUUAUUAUAAGCAACGUCUGUUCCAAAAAGAUCAUACAAUCAACGAAGCCAAAUAUUGUUUUCAUUCUGAUUGAUGAUCUCGGGUACAAUGAUGUUGGUUAUCACGGCUCCGAGAUCUACACACCAAACAUCGACAAACUCGCACGGGAAGGUGUCCGCCUGGAGAACUACUACGUUCAGCCUAUCUGCACUCCAACCCGGUCGCAACUGUUGAGUGGAAGGUACCAGAUUCACACAGGCCUUCAGCACAGUUACAUCCGUCCUGCCCAGCCUCUUUGUCUCCCGACCAAUCUCCCGACGUUUGCUGACAAACUACGUGAGGCCGGCUAUGCUACCCAUGCUGUCGGCAAGUGGCACCUUGGAUUCUACAAGAAAGAGUGCCUACCGACACAGAGGGGAUUUGACUCCUAUUUUGGCUAUUUGACAGGAGGUGAAGACUAUUGGACCCACCAUAGGGCUGGUGAUGGCCUCCUACCUAAUAGCAACCACUGGCUGGGAAUGGACCUGUGGGAUAACGAGAAGGUAGCUUGGGAGUAUGUCGGCAACUACUCUGCCUUCGUCUUCACAGAGAAAAUCCAGCAAAUAGUCGCCCAGCAUCCUGUGGAACAGCCUUUCCUGCUUUACCUGCCGUUCCAGUCAGUGCACUCACCCCUCCAGGUUCCUAGCUCAUAUGAGGAGAGAUACAAGAACAUCAAGAAUACAAACAGACGCAUCUAUGCUGGGAUGAUGACCUGUCUUGACGAAGCCGUCGGAAAGAUUGUGCAUUCUCUUCAACAGGCAGGAGUAUGGGAUAACACUGUGCUUAUAUUCUCAACUGACAAUGGAGGUGAGGUGGCAGCAGGGGGUAACAACUGGCCCCUUCGAGGCUGGAAGAGAUCCAUUUGGGAGGGAGGCAUGAGGGGUGUAGGCUUUGUCAACAGCCGCUUACUACCUGCAAGUGUUCAGGGUACAGUCAACAAGCAGCUUAUCCAUGUAAGUGACUGGUUUCCAACUCUAGUCCAGGGUGUUGCAGGAAGCAGCCUUGAUAACAUAACGCUUGAUGGCUUCAACAUGUGGAAAACAAUAAGUUCCAACACUUCAUCUCCACGGCAAGAGCUUCUUCAUAACAUGGAUCCCUGGCCCAACCAACCUAAGGAAUUCAAUGCUAACAUCUCAGCAGCUAUCAGGGUGGGGCACUGGAAGCUCCUCACAGGGGAUCCUGGAUCCAAUAAUGGACAAUGGAUUCCCGUGCCAGAUUCAGGUAUUAUUCCUAUCCACCCACUCAAGAUCACUGGUAAGGACACGUGGCUUUUCAACAUCACUGCUGACCCGAACGAGUAUCAUGACCUUUCGACCUCUCACCCGGAAGUAGUAGAAGAACUGAUGGCCAAGCUGAAGAAGUACUAUGCUGAUUCUGUUCCUGUGCAAUAUCCGAGUGAGGUAGAGGAAGCUAAUCCUGCUUAUCAUCAGGGUGUAUGGGGACCAUGGCAAUGAGUGAAAUAAGAAUCGAACAUAGUAGCAAUGGUAUUCAUCAGCAACAAGUCACAUGGUAUAUGGAGUUCCAUAUUACUGAAAUAUUGAUUGCUUUAUUUUUUUAAUUAAUGCUUAUGAUAAAUUGUUUAAUAGUUCUUACCAAUCAAGGAAAUACUACCCCUCUUCCAUUGCAUUCGUAAUGUUAAGAACUAGAGCAAAAUAACAGUGAUUUCCUUUUGAAAUCUUUUUAUUCAGAUUUUCAUAUCCCAGCCAAUACUUAACACAUUCAAUUGGUUUUCAACAUUUGAACAUUAUUUUUGAUGCUCUUUCGGAAAAUGAAGUUCAAAUUUAGAAACUUAAAAAUAGUUUUUUUAGGACGUCACACUUGACCACUCUAUAGAGACUGGGAUAUUACAGGGCAUAGAGGAAGUUUAUUGAUUUAGUUGUUCAUGUGGUAAUUAAGAUGUAUAAUUAUGGUAAUUAUGAUAUAUGAUUGUGGUAAUUAAGAUAUAUAAUUGUGGUAAUUAAGAUAUAUAAUUGUGGUAAUAUAUAAUUGUGGUAAUUAAGAUAUAUAAUUGUGGUAAUUAUGAUAUAUAAUUAUGGUAAUUAAGAUAUAUAAUUAUGGUAAUUAAGAUAUAUAAUUAUGGUUAAAGCCACAGAGUAAUCUGUUUCCAUGUGUGUUAAUAGCAUCUGAAUUCGCUGACACCAGAUUUAUUUGAAUUACCAAUUAAUGUGUGUACAGGUCUCCCAGGCAGCAAGAAUCGUUUACCCUUCAGAAUAAUUUGCUCAAGCUUGCCUUCACAUCUCAAGGAUGUGGGAAAUUCUAUUUUGAGGUGGUGAAGUUUAGGGCACAGUGCAUUACAUAAGACAUGUGGUUCAUAAAAGUGAGGCUCGUUGGUUAAUUCAGUGGUCUGGUAACCAGGAGAUGCCGGGUUUGAAACCAAUUUGAUGCACUAGUGCCCUUUGGUAAGGCAUUAAUCCUCAUUACCAGGUCACAAUCAUUAUCUUACAUUUCUAUCACCUGAAGGCUUUCCAAAGACUAGUGGAAUUUCUUGAUUGGAUUGUGCAGACUUGUACACCCAUUAAUGGUAUUUUCACAGAUUCUGGUAUAUUUCCACCAAGUCUGGUGUCAGCGAAUUAUGACCUUCUACACAUGGAAACUGAUGACUCUCUCCCUUUAAUAUUUUUUCUGUACUUAAGAUAGUCUCCACAAUUGGGUUUUAUGGGUCGUAGGUUGGAUAUUGUAUGACAUGUUGUUGUCUUUCACUUUAUGUACAUUGUACACAGUACUAUAUAGAAAUAGGCUUUUAUUGCUAUUAUAUGUGUUGAUAUAUUGUCUCUUUUGAUAUUAAAAAUAUCUAAUUGACAAUCUAAGCUGUGGAAUCUUUUAUUUAUCAUAUUUCCUAUUCAGUAUUUCAUACCUACAUACAUAUUGAUAUUCAUAUAAUGCCUUUACAUCGACAUGCUCAAAGCGCUGCAUUAGUAAAUAAAACAGAAUAAAUAUUUAGCUCUCCUAGCCCAUAUACAGUAAAUUUAUUUUUUUAAGCUGUGUAAAGUUAUUCAAAAGUUGUGCACCACAUGAACCAAGCCUGGUUCGUACAAGACACAACCUCAUUCAGAUCCCACACAAAUCUAUCAAGAUUUCACUAGGAUAGUAUCAUUCAAGUUAAAUCAGCAAAUGUAGGUAUCCUUCAUGAUCAUUUGUAAGGAAACAAAUAAUAUUUCCUACUUUGCUUUUCAUCAUUGCAAUCUUCAAUAAAAGUUUCCCUUAUCCUGUGUCUCUUACUUUUCUGAAUUUAAUUAUAACAGUACAAUUUUAGAAUUAUUUUUACAAUAUGUUGCUUAUAAGGUGUAUGGUGCAUGAAAGACUAACUUGGUUAAAUCAAUACAGAUAUUCAACAUGUAUUAUUUAUUAUUAUUAUCAUUAUUACUAUUAUUAUCAUCAUAAUCAUCAUAAUCAUCAUCAUCAUCAUCAAUGCCUCCAAUUCUGCUAUGGUAGGGCUAUACUGUAGAUCCACAUUAAAACAUUAACAGAUCAAGCUCGACUGUGAUAUAUUGAUGACAGAGGAAAUAUGAAAUGAAUGAGAUGUAGAGGAAUAUAUGGAAAGCAUUAAUUUAGAUAAAAGUCAAGUUAACAAAACAAAUGAAGGAAUAUAGUUUGCAUGAGAUAAAAUCAAAUUAAAAAAAAUAUGAGAUAGAGUCAUGUGAAAUUUGAGAGAGGUAUAACUGAGGGGCAUGAAUGAGAGUAUAGGAGAGAGAGAGAGAAGCAAAAAUUAUUUUCAGCAAAUAAAGUGGUUCCAACAAUAGUCUUCUAUGCCAAAUGAUAUAUUUUCAUAUCACAUAGGUUACAAUAAAGGUGGUUAGUCUGACAAAA